GGGGGCAGGACUACGGCUCCCGGCGUGCCCCGGGCCGGAGCGGCUCCUCCCGGCGAGCCCCGGGCGUGCGGCGCUGAUGGCGGCCGCGCCGCCGGUGUACGUGUACAGCCCGGAGUACCUGGCGCUCUGCGACUCCCUCUGCAAAGUGCCCAAGCGGGCCAGCAUGGUGCAUUCACUCAUUGAAGCGUAUUCCUUACUUGACCAAAUGAAGAUAAUCAAGCCAAAAGUGGCCUCCAUGGAGGAGAUGGCAAGCUUCCACACAGAUGCUUACUUGCAGCACCUGCAGAAAGUCAGUGAGGAGGGGGAUGAUGAUCAUCCAGAGUCUGUGGAGUAUGGACUGGGUUACGACUGUCCAGCUACUGAAGGGAUCUUUGAGUAUGCAGCAGCUGUGGGAGGAGCCACCAUCACUGCAGCUCAGUGCCUGCUGGAUGGCAUGUGCAAGGUAGCAAUUAACUGGCCUGGAGGGUGGCAUCAUGCAAAGAAAGAUGAAGCUUCUGGCUUCUGUUACCUGAACGAUGCUGUCCUGGGGAUCCUGCGGCUGCGGCAGAAGUUUGACCGUGUCCUUUACAUAGAUUUGGAUUUGCAUCAUGGGGAUGGAGUUGAAGAUGCCUUUAGUUUCACCUCAAAGGUCAUGACUGUUUCUCUGCACAAGUUCUCACCAGGAUUUUUCCCAGGCACUGGUGAUGUGACAGAUGUUGGCCUGGGGAAAGGUCGUUACUACAGUGUGAAUGUCCCCAUUCAAGAUGGCAUUCAGGAUGAGAAGUAUUACCAGAUCUGUGAAGCGGUGCUGAAAGAGGUGUACAGUGCUUUCAACCCAGAGGCAGUUGUGCUGCAGCUGGGGGCUGACACCAUUGCUGGAGAUCCCAUGUGUUCUUUCAACAUGACACCUGAGGGAGUGGGCAAGUGCCUCAAGUACGUCCUGCAGUGGCAGCUGGCAACUCUCAUCCUGGGAGGAGGAGGCUACAAUCUUGCCAACACAGCUCGCUGUUGGACAUACUUAACUGGGGUCAUCCUCGGGAGAACUCUGUCCUCUGAGAUCCCUGAUCAUGAGUUCUUCACGGAGUAUGGUCCUGAUUAUGUGCUGGAGAUCACACCCAGUUGCAGACCAGACCGCAACGAGCCACAGAGGAUUCAGGAAAUUCUUAACUCUAUCAAAGGGAAUCUGAAGCAUGUUGUUUAGCAGAGAAGAGAGGCUCAGGUUUCCACAAGAGCAUUUCCUGCGUGAAGGAUGGUGUGUUUGAGCUGCUGGCAAAAUUUGUGGCUGCAGGGGAAGUUUGGAAGAAAUUCCUGUUGGUUAGUUGUGGGUUUUUUUUCUCUUUAAAGAAUGAAAGCUGCUGUGCACCAUGAGCACUGUGGCUCUCCUCAGGCAGGAGUGUGGGCCCUCCAGCCACAGCCUUCCAGUGCCAGCAGGGCCUUGUUCCUUUCUCUUUCCUUUUUUAACGUCACAGUUUAUUCUCACAACUGGUUUAAAAUGUUUUUUAAGAGAGGCUGCUCAAAGCUGUGAACCCUCCCCAGCUGGAUACCACUACCACAUUGGCCUUCCUGGCAGGAGCACAGCUUCUUAGCUGCCUGCCUGGAGAACAAUGCCAAAAAGGCAGCUGAGUCCUUGGGCAUAGGCUAUGGCUCCUUCCCAGGGAAAGGCAUAGUCAUUGUGUUUUUAACUGGGAUUUUUUUAAAAUAAAGUAUUUGAGAUACUC